AAGGAGCAGCCUUGCUGUGAGUGUGUCUCUGUGAAGAUGAACAGUCUGUGUACCCUGCAGCAGCUCCAUCCUGAGCUGGACCCUGUAAGUAUGGCAGCCCUCCCCCAACCCCUGUACUGUCUGCUCUUAGACAGCAAUCUGUUCAAUAUUUACCAGCAGCACAUGGCUGUGACAGGACAGGGAGACAGCCCAUCAAGCUGGGUAAGGGUUAAUUAAUCCCAUCCUGGAUUUAGUUCUGUAUCUGGACUUUUUGCGUGUUGGUAUUGUGUGUGUGUGUGUGUGUGUGUGUGUGUGUGUGUGUAUACAGUAUAUAUAUGAUUUUAUUUUGUGAUAUGCUGUAAGCAGCAGAAUGGGCGUUUUCCCAAUCAUCUCUCCAUCCUGUUAUACAGCUCUGUGUCCUGUCUUUGUGUUUAUGUGCUUUGUGUGUUAUGUAAGUCGAGCAGGUGAGCUGGCAGGUGUUCUAAAGAAUAUUGAUAUAUGACCCAAUAUAUAUUUUAUAAUGCACUCCUAAGAGGUCUUUGUCAUAGUUUUAUGAUGUUUUACUUUUAAUUCGUUAGAUGUGUUCUUACUAUACAUUAAUAAAAAUGUGAUUCAUUUGGAUGUGGUGUUAUAAUUGUUGUUGUUUUUUUUAUUUUUUGACAUAAUUGUUUUUGUGCAAAGUACUCCUAUUCUUGCGAGAAGUACCUUGUGCCAGUGAGAGUCAUUCUGUGCCAGGUUACCUUGGGUGAGGGAUAUUGAUUCAAGUAUGUUUUUGCCAGUGAUACUGUGUGUCCUUUUAUGGAGUUUGCCUCUACCAGUGAGGGGUACCAUAUACCUGUGAGAUCUCUUGUGCCAGUCAGAGAUACUGUUUUCUUGUGUGGGGCUUGCUUUGUGCCAGUGGGGGUUACUGUAUUUAUAUGUGUUUUGUACCAGUGGGAGGGGAGGAGGGGGAGGUUACUAUAUUUUUGUGUGCUUUGUGCCAGUGGGGGGGUUACUGUAUUUGUGUGUCUUUGUGCCAGUUGGGGUUACUCUGUGUAGAGUAUAUGUAGAAACAUACUGUUUCUGUGAGUGGUGGUACACUGAGAGUACUGCGAUUCUGAUCUUGUUCAUGUCAAUUGUUCAUUAUUCUUGGUUUUAGACACUAUUAUUAUUAUUAUUAUUAUUAUUAUUGCCAUUUAUAUAGCGCCAACAGAUUCCGUAGCGCUUUACAAUAUUAUGAGAGGGGAUUUAACUAUAAAUAGGACAAUUACAAAUAAACUUACAGGAACAAUAGGUUGAAGAGGACCCUGCUCAAUCGAGCUUACAUUCUAUAGGAGGUGGGGUGUAAAACACAUUAGGACAGGAAUUUGCAAUCAAAUAAGGUGGGCUGCCCUUUAGGAGAGGGCAAGAGACAGGUAUGUGAGGUAGGGGUUAGUCUUGGAGGCCAUAAGCUUUCCUAAAGAGAUGGGUUUUAAGGCACUUCUUAAAAGAUGCAAGGCUAGGGGAGAGUCUGAUGGCGCGAGGCAGGCUAUUCCAUAGGAAGGGAGCCGCCCGCGAGAAUUCUGUUUAGUGAAUAACCAUAACAUCUUCCAUAAUACUAAAGGCAAUGUUUUCAGUACAGUGUAUAUAGUCCUGUCGUAUAUGGGUCACAACGUACCCUUCAAUUUUGAGCAGAUGGUUUAUAAAACAGUCUCAUUACUAGAUAUUAUAAGGAGGGUGAAUAGUUUCUGUCAGAUUUCCCACUUUCCAAGACUGCAAGUUUGAUUUAAUUUUUUAUGGGACUUAAAUAUUGACAAGAUUUAAAAGCGCGGGUAGUACCAAGUUACAGAAUGGCUGUCACAUGGGUUUUAUAGUGAAAUAUGUUGGUGGAAAUGACACUCGGCACUCAUUAUCACACUAUUGUCCCAGAUUUCAGUGACAGGACAGGCUUAAUAUAAGUAGAAAUGUCACCAGACAAGUGGGAAGGGAGGAAUCCAUCAAAGAUCCAGUUUAUCCAGAGCAGCAAGCCAGUAACACCCUUUCUUACCCAAACUAUUGAUACACCACGCCUGUCCCACAGAGCUUAUAAUCCAUUACUGAAACAUCCUCGCCAUUUGUUCCAUUCUACCUAAAAAAAAUUUUAUCAUAAAGCAUUGCUGAAUGUUUGUCUCUCUAAAUACUUAUGAAGAAACUAUUUUUUUUCUUUCCUUGAUGUUUUGAAUUAGUAAUGUUACCCAGUAGGAUACAAUGUAUAUAUGUGUACUGAAUAUAAAAAUCAUUUUACCAUGUGAAGUAUUCCAAAUUUGGAGGGACAGCCCUGCAUACCGAAGGAACAAGACCAGUCAUUCAUAAAAUCUUUUGUUUUGUGUGUUACUGCAAGAUGCAAAGCCAUUAAUGGUGAUGAAUAUCCCUGUAGAAGGAGUGGGGGGUGGGGGGUGGGGGGUAUGACAUGUCCAAACAAUGGGGCUGGUCUCAGAUUUCACCCCGGGUUAGGAAUGUCUGGAUUCCUGUGGGAAAAGCUGUGACGCUCAAUCUCUUUGUACUUAGUAGAAUUAGUUCUAGCUUUGUAUGAAAGUGCUGUAAUAAUUGCAAUAUUGUAAGCUCACAUACCGGUUUCUUCUGGUUUUUUUGUAUCAGUAUGUGUUCCUUUAUUACUCUGUAUUCCCUCUAUUGUAUAGAGCUGUGGAGUAUGUUAACUAUAAAUACUAAAUACAUUAUGGUUCUUAUUAUUUAUUUAUACAGAGGCGGUUUGCUUUGUAGAUACAGGACGUAAAAGCAUUAUGAGACAGCAGGCAAAUGCGGAUUCAAGAGAUUUCUAUGGCUUGACACAGUUUCACAAUAAUGCAUUGGAAGGCCUGUGCCAAUUUCUCAUGCAAUCCUUAAAUUCAUUGCAGGGAGAAUGUCUCCCAGAAAAUCAUUAUUAGAAGAAAUUGAUUUUUAAUACUAGCAACUGGAUUUUCCAGUUGUACUCUAAAAAGGCCUGAAGGUGGAUGUAUAAUGGUUUAGGUUUGGAUGUUUUAUAAACACACUGCAAGCAACGUGGGUGGUUGUGACGUGAUUAUAUGUACAGUUUUCUUGUACUGUUAUGCUUGUGUGCUUUCCCUGGUCUUCAUGCACUUGUAGUAAAAGAUCCCUUGUAGAGAUUUUCUGUGCAUUAUUGUUGUAGUGAGUUGUUUGCAGGGUUAUUCACAUGAGUGAGAAUUGUCUGGAAUCUGAAGUUAAUUUUAAAUCUCACGUCCAAUGUAGCCUAAUUGAAAGCAUAAUUAAUGAAACAUUUGGCCAGAAAAUCGGUAUCUUGGAAUCUAUAGGAACAGAUAAGGGGGUAACCCUAGAAGAAUAAGAACAAAAGAAAAGAACGAGAGACAAUCUGUUCCCACUAUCAAUAUCAAGUACACACAAACAGUUAAAAAUCUAGAAGAUACUUUAUUAAUUAAUCAAGGAUACCAGUAUAGAAAAUAUUAACCCCGGCAGUGACUGUCUGACUAAACGAAAGUUAAUUUCGGCAGUCCAAGUAAGGACUCUAGGAUUACCGCAUUCAGCCGGUCUCAUAGCGUCGAUAAUGCUUUCCUAUGGACGCUUGCGUCUUCUCACUGUGAUUUUCACAGUGAGAAGCACGCAAGCGCCUCGGCUGUCAAUGAGACAGCCACCAGAGGAUUUGGAGGCUGGAUUAACCCAUUUAUAAACAUAGCAGUUUCUCUGAAACUGCUAUGUUUAUUUAAAAAAAAAAAAAGGGGGUUACUCCUAGAGGGACCAGGCACCCAGACCACUUCAUUAAGCUGAAGUGGUCUGGGUGCCUAGAGUGGUCAUUUAAGCUGAUUUGCAUAUUACUGUUUCAAUACGGGUUCAGGCAUCUGAUGUUGAUAUGGCUCAUAUUUAGCACUACUUAAGCAAAUAUUUAUAAAAGAACCAUUGAAGAGAUCAUAACAGAGUACGUUCGUUUGCUAUUACGAUCAUAGGCUGAGUUUAUAUUGACUGUAGACGAACUCCUUUCAGUUGUACUGUGCAGAUACUCUGUACUGUAUUUCAUUUAUCUUUGACAUAUUGAUACAAUUGUAUCUUAAGAUACUGCACAAGUUAAUUUAGUGGGAUCUUUUUUACAAGCCUAGUUAGGCUACAUAGUUGCAAUACCUUUGAUGCACUAAUUCUACUCUAGAUACUUAUGUAUAUCGCUACGGCGACGUUUAGAUACUCAGCUUUUCGUUUUAUUUGUGUAAUUUUUUAUUUUUUGUACUCCUUACUUGGACUGCCGAAAUUGACUUUCGUUUAGUCAGACAGUCACUGCCGGGGUUAUUAUUUUCUAUACUGGUAUCCUUGAUUAAUUAAUAAAGUAUCUUCUAGAUUUUUAACUGUUUGUGUGUACUUUAUAUUGAUAGUGGGAACAGAUUUUCUCUCGUUCUUUUCUUUUGUUCUAAUUGAAAGCAUAGCUGAUUUGGAGAAUUUCUCCACUUUUACUAUGUUGGUCUUAAAUUUGGAACAUAAUAAUCGUGAUAGUGUAACAGUUGAGCGUUAUAGCUCGUUGUUUUUAGUGGUAAAGCCAGUGGGUGUUGAGUGAUUUACUAUAGUUUUCUAUGUUGAUGUCUAUGGCAUAGAAUAUACCGGUAGUUUCACAUUGAAAUUGGGCUGGUUCUUGGAAGAAUUACGUAUUAAAUAAAAGUGUGACAAAGUGGUUCAUUAAAUGACUAUACUAUUGUAUAACAGUGACCGCAUUUAACUGGCAGAAGGCAUUACUUUGAAUUCAGUAUAAGUAGGACAGCAUGGUGCAAUGUAAGGUGAGAUAGAGGGCAAGAUGCAAGUUUGAGUAAGUGAAAUUAGUUUCUUUUUAAUUGUCACAGUCCAGGCAUACUUCACGUAUUGCACAAAGUGUCUUGAUUGAUUGAGUGCAAACAUAAUAAAAUUGACGUUCUCUAUUGUAACUCACCGAAUUUUACAGACUAGUGUAUUAUGUAAUGACCCUAUUCAACCAUUACAUAAACAUUUAUUUUGUACAGUGAUUAAUAUGCUUGAUUCUGAUAGCAAAUAAAAGAUAAACAAAUGUUAUGGCCUUGAUUUAAUAUUGUUAGAUAAGCAUUUCAAAUUAUUUCAUAUUUUUGGAAUAACUAGUACAAUUAUUUGUUUUCUAAAUUAUAUAUCCACACACUGCUUUCAUCUUUGUGCUUAGUGUCAGCGAGUGCCUGUACAAUAAAAUAAAAUAGAAAAACACUGAAAGGGUGUGCUUGCAUUUGUAGUGAGAUGGAAAUAAGAGAUGUUCAGGCAAAUGGCUUCCCCCAGCUGUUUGGAAACUUAACACGGACAAUUUCAAGGAUGGUAAAUUCCUUGAAAGGGCAUGUUACUGGGAAAAUCUGAUCUAAAUCUGCUUUAUAUAUAUAUAUAUAUAUCUUUCCUUAGGAACAUGUGAAAACACUGCGUCUUACCCUACGUGAAGACCAUUCUCCUGAAAGGAAUGACCCCACAAAGAUUAAGGUGAGUUUAAAAAAUAAUAAUAUUUAAAGCCAAAUUUAAAACAGAAAGGGAAAACUCAGACUGGAUAAGACAGAGGAUGGUGUGUGUUUUCAUUGCCAAUGCUGGCAAACAGAGGGUGUCUGUUCUCUCUGCCAAUCUAAAUAUAAUAUAUACUUUUUAAUGUCUGAUGGCAUUGUUACCCCUCAUGGGUCACUAGUUUAGUAUGUGUAAAUACAGGUUAUGUCAUGGGUGGACAGGGUGUCAAUGUUGCUCAGUCGUGGCUCUUUGAACGUUUGAUAUUCAGAAAUGCUGCGUCUUUGUUUAUGUUUAUUUUACUAUAACCUAUAUUGAUUUGCUUUACCUUAUUAUUUUAUUAUUUCAGCCAGUGGGACGAGCCUUUGCCCUUAUCUCCUCACGUCCUCUAAGAGGUUCCCGUCCCCUAAAUUCUGAACUCAUUAAGUCCACAGAAGGGGAUGAAGAGAUUAUCAAGGUAUGAGGGACUAUCAGACAUCUACCAUCUGAUAAAGAAAUAUUAAAACUUCAAAACUCCUUAGCUGAGUUUUGUACAGCUAAAACGUUCUAGUAACUGUCCAAAAUGAGUCUGUAAUUUACAUGAAUCAAGUACUCUAGUCUAAAUAGUCCUUCACUGUGCUGGAACUGCACUCUUAAUUCCACAGUAAGAUUAUUUUUAAAAGAAAAGGGCAGGUCAAAACCGUUUGGGAACCUUAAAAUAUUAAACAAUACAAAAAGGGUAAAACAGCAAUUCACCAAGAAACACUAAUGAUGCCAACGGAAAAAAUAAAAAAAUAGGGAAAACUACAAAAACAGAAAUACCUUAAAUUACAAAAAUUACAGAAAUAAUUGAAACAAUGCAAAUCUUAUAUUUAGAUAAACAAAAUCAUAAAAUAAAAUGAAAACUGCAGAACAACCUCAACGAAUAAAUUGUGCAUAAAGCAUGGCUUUUGAAGGGUUAAUCCAACCACCAUAACCACUUCUCUUGGUCACGAUGUUAAGAUCUGUAUGUGCAAUGUUUCUGCUUGAAACACCCAUAUACAGAAUAAUCUGCGGUUUUGUGCUUGGGGCUUGUUACACCCCCGGCACACAUGACGUUAUGUUAAUUCUGUGCAAAAAUUACAUCUGUCGUCAGCGUGCACUGUGUACUAGUGACAGAUGUCAUCUGCUUCUACCCUUAGAGAAAGCGCUGGGAGUACACCCAUGUUUCCUCCCUUCCUAAUAUCAGCCCUCAUUGCUCGCCCCGUCUCCCUGCCUUGCUCAAUGCUUGUCUGCUUUUUAAAUAUCCCAUCCCUCACAUUCCCUCACUCACCAUCUUGGCUCAGAGUACGCACUGAGGGGAGGAGAUUCGCCCUGCCCUGAAUUCCAGAUCAGUUAAAGCUUAACUUUCAGUGUUAUAAGGGAAAACCUAAUAACCAAUGCCCAACAGGACAUUCUACAUAACAAUUGGUUGGUUUAACAGAGGAACUUUAGACUUUGCAUCCAUGACCCAAAGAUGUUUUUAAAGUUUAAAAUUGUUACAUGAAAGACUGAUCUGAUGCUCCUGAAAGGAGAAAAAAUACCAACGACAUUAUGACACUGAAAAACUGUGUACCAUGUGACAGGCUAAAUAAAUCUGAAAAAUCUGUAAUGUUUAAUGAUAAAGCAGUUGCAUUGAGCCAGUAAUUAUUUGGCACGCAGUAAUUGGGCUGUAAGGAGUUCCAGAUUGUUUUUUUUAAUAUAGCUUUGUGUUUAACAUUUUUGUAACUUCACCCUCAUUUACAAUAGCAGGAGUGAUUGUGAGUGUUUUUUUUUUUUUCUGACAAUGUUAUGUUCAUUCCUAGAUCUAUCUGAAGGCAAAAGCAGAGGAUAAGGCCAAUCAUGAGUGGAAUGUCAGCCAGCUGAGGAGUGAGGUGCGCCACAUCCAGGAGGUGAGAUCAAAGAAUUGGAUACGGUCAGAGGAUAAUGUUGUGAUCCAUGUACAACACCUUUAAAACCUAGCAGUGUACAUGAUUUAUUGACCCACCAAUCAUUUAGUGCUGUUAAAGUGUCGUUAAAUCAGGAAAGGUCAAGUAUCAAAUAUUCCUAGUGCACUGAGAUUUCAGUCCUAUUCGGGCUCUGUCUGUAUUCUUACUGAGGUUUAUUCUGGCUCCCUUAGGCGCGAACCUCUAUUCAAAACUUGAGAAAAGACUUUGAUGGUAACGCUUCAAAAUUCAUGCAGAACAAAUGUCCACAAAACAAGGUAUGCCAAUCAACGAGUGGUGUCUUCAGUGUAGACAUUUCACAGGACAGUAGCAUACUAUAAUCUCACAGGUGAUAUAAAAAGAACCUAAAUAUUACAAAUUGAUUCCGUGUUUGUUAAAGAAGCUGGUUGUACUGUUAAUUAUACAGGUAGGAAUGGACACAGGCAUAGGUCUUCAACUGUGUUUAAAUAUUAGGAUUCAGGUAUUCAGUUUCCAUUAGUGGCUGAUAUAAAUCAUAAAGGAGUAAACAACCAAUAGCGUGUCUGCAAAUAUGGAUACAUUGUGAGAUUUAAAAUCCUAAUAUUGUUACUGCUGUAUGUGCCUUAUGGGAGUGAGGGCACGAUUGUUGAUUUUUAGUGAUUGCAUGCUCUUGGUUGCUCAGGUGUAUGAGGAAAAGCAGAAUGGUGCGGAGCAUUACAGAGACUCAUGGAGAAGUACAGUGGCAGACGGCCAGGUAAGACUUCACUAUAUAAUUGUUCUUGUACAGUUUGUUUGCAGCGUGUUUCCCAGCAGACUAUAACUGUUUAAUUCUGCAGGAAGAAGAAUUAGAAAUAGACAAUGGGAAAAGCCUUCGGGAGACUGCACAGAGGUUAUAUACAAAGCUUCAAGAAGCAGAGAAGAAACAGCAAGCUGAACGAAGGAUGUAUGAGGUCUGUAACAGGACGAGUUCCUCAUUGAUCCUAUUCUGUAUUUAGCUUUCCCUAUUUGUACCAGCAUGCAAUUCUUUAACAACCUGUUUUUCUACCUCAUCUCCACCAGGACAAGCUUAGCAAAUGUCAGCAAGAAGCUGAGCAGAGCAUCAGAGCUCGCAGAGAGGCAGAGCAGAAUGCUACUGAACAUCAGAGGGAAGUGGAGGAGCUUCGCAGGCUGAUGGCCAGUAUGGAAAAUGUAAGUCCUGAAAAAUUAUACUGAAAUGGGAGCAAUGAUCCAUGAUUUAAUCUACACAUUCAUAGAACAUGCUAGAACAGCUGCCUGGAGGUGCUGAGAGUUAUAAUACAACAUUUUGUAACUCAACACAAGUGUUUUUCUCACAUUCGUAUUGAGGAGCAGUGUGAUUGUACAGGCUUUAUCUGCUGUCAGUCUGGUGAUACUAUGAUCAAGGCAAUGGAGGGAAUAACAGAAAAAGUGGUAGCAUUAGUAGUGGUGGGGGGCAGCUUUAAGCUCUUACUGAUUAUCCAGUUUAUACUUUUUGCAGGAACACCAAGGUCUGCGGAGGAAACUGAAGGAGAAUGAGGAGGAGCUAGAUCGCAUGAAGACUCAAAAAAUGCAAGACGGUCCUCUUCAGACUAGGUGAGAUGAGGGGUCAGAUAGGGAAUACUAUAAUAAGGGCAAGAAUUGGAAAUGUCCUUCACCACAUUAGGUCUAUGGUUAAACACAAUAUUGGGGUCUCUCAUAUGACAAUUGUUUUUUAACUUAAUGCCAGAGAGCUUUAGCUAAUGAUCCAGAGUUAUCUGUUUAUUAUAUUAAAUGUGUCUACCCCUGUGAAUAUACAUUAAUCUAUAUGUAUCCAUAAUCAUUAUUGCAGGUGUGAAGAACUGGAGAAGACCGUAUCGGGGCUGAAGGAGAAAAUUCACCACUUAGAUGACAUGUUAAAGAGUCAACAACGCAAAGUCCGUCAAAUGAUCGAGCAGGUAAGUGCAAAGAAUUGUGGGUGAUAGCCUGAACUAACAAGGCCUUUUAUGCACUUGCUUUAAAUAAUUUAAUGGUAGCUGUAAGUAGAUUGUUAAUUUAGCAGAUGGUGAAUUAUGUUUUUUAUUAAAAUAGCAGAAGUUCAAGUGGAGUUAGAGGGGCAGGUGGGAAUAGUUUAUAAUGUGGCUGUGUUCUCACCAUGUUAUAUCUUAAAGAAGUACUCAAUUUAUUUUUUAUUUAACAGUUUAAUAGAUAUACCCCCAAUGAAAACAUGCACUCUUUUCUUUGCUUUUUUUUAUUUUUGGGAUUUAUCUAAAAAAAACAGCUUGCAAAAUCUGCAGAUCUUUGGUCUGCAGUCUUUGCAAGCCCUCCCCUUUUCCUCAGCCCAGACUAAAUGGAGGCUUCUCAUUUAAAAAACCUCUGUUCUGGAGCCAUGAGUGUGUAUGCACAUGAUUGGCUUUCAAUAGCUUUCAGAAGUGCUUUGUCUGUGGAGUGUUCCUUCAAUCUACUUUAUAAAAGAAGACUUGUUUAGAUCUAAAAUGCUCUGCAUUAGAUUGGUAUUCAAUUACUAUUUUAUUUACACUAAAAAUAAUACACAUGCAUUACGUAUAAUCUUUAAUUUUUUAAUGAAUAUAUAUAUAUAUAUUAGUACUCUUAUUAGUGAAUCUUUUCUUGUUUGAGUCGUUUCAUUGUUUGGAGUGCUAUUUUUUUAGCUCACAUUGAUCAGAAGCACCACUUAUUAUUUGCUUGUCUUUUUGUCCAAUGCUAUGUGCUUCUGACAAGGGCUAGAGUUGGCCACCUCCAUAGAGCAAGGCUAAGCCAGGUAAUUCACCACACUAGGUAUCGGAUUACAGUAUGCAUUGCAAAAUAUUACACACAAACUGUGCUAGACCUAAUCACUUAUUUUACAUAAGUUUUUUCUUUUUAAGGGUCUGGGCAGCAGCAUAAAUCUAUAUCUCAGGAGGAUGUUGUUUUUGUUUUGUCUCUCAAUCACUUUUGAACUAUUUCUUAGCUUCAAAACUCCAGGACCGCAAUGCAAGAGAAGGACAUUCUAAUUCAGGAGCUACGGGAAAAAGUCUCUUGGCUUCAAGCAGAGGUGAGAGUUUUUGCUCAUUUGUGUGAGACGUGUAUAAGGUUGUCGUUUAAAAUUUUAGUUUUUUUAAAUCCUGUCUUGGAUUACAGUCUACAUUUCCAUAAAUUAGCUUUGAAUUUGCUGAAUAUGCUUGUUUGUUAAAAUGUGUUUGUCCUGGAAGAAUUGAACGGUUGGGGGGAAAUAUGUACAAAGUAAACAAGCGAAAAGGUAUAUGUUAUUUCUUGUUGUUAAAAUGACUCCACCCCAGCAUUCAAAAUGACUCAUAACCAGGCGUUUAGUCUGACAUUUAAAUUAGGAGUCAGUCCUAUUGUGGUCGGUCCAACAGUGUCUUGUUUUAGAAAUGACAUCACCUAUCAUGGAUAAGGAAUGUGGCAACAUAACAGUGUAGUGCUGAAAAGGGAGUUGCACAAUUAGGCCAAAUUAGCUGAGCUGGAAAAGUAGCUUUGAUUGGUUGUUUUUUUUUUGUUUUUGUUUUUUGUAGCCAUAAUUGUCUGGUCAGUUCCCCCAAUUCUUAGUUUAAACUGCAUUUUAUUUAUUUUAAUUUGUGGACUCUGGAUUUAAUCCUUUUACUGCACUUAUUACUUACAUAAAUAUAUUACCUUUGCACCUUCAAUCUUGUUUUGACUAAAACAGUAUUGUGAUACUCCUUCUUUUGUGUGAAAUAGAUCACUGAUCAAAUCCUCUUUGGUGGUAGAGCACAUUCAAGCAAAAAAUUAUUUUAUCGAUACACAAUAAGGAGCUACGACAUUCUUAUAGUUAAUUUGUAGAAACAGGUUGAAUAUUCCAGUUGGGGCAUAACUUUUUUGCAUUUGACACGCUGUACGCAAGCUUUCGUUACAUUUAUAUAAUCAACAUUGUUGUGAUGCUGAGUCUUCUCCACAUUUUUUAGAACCUUGAGCUUCAAGAUAAACUGGAACAUUUUGUAUCUACACAACCCGGGCACACCUCGUACCAUCCUAGAAGUCACCCACGGCCUAAUCUCCAGAAUGUGUGAGUAAUUGGGGUAGAAUGUUUGGAUGUUUUACUAUUUUUCUGUAAUUUCAGCAAGUUCGAUCUACUAAGAGUGUUUCAACUGUAUUUUUUUUUUUCCUUAGCAAAAAAGUGUACUUACCACCGGGAUCUGGAAGACCCUUUCCACUCAUUAAGUUGGUGGAGACAUGAAUUGGAGGCUGCCACUAUGUGGACCGUAAUAUCUGCAUCUUCCUCUUGUUUUUUGUGUGGCACUUUAGGUGGGAUCACAAAUAGUGAGCUACAUCAUAUUUAAACCUUGCCUUUUUAAUGACUACCCAUCCCACUCCCCAACGGAGAAUGCAACCUUGAUAUGUGACCGUCCAGUACCAUAGAGGUUUUAAAAACUGCAUUGAUGGCUCUAGGAUACAAAUGGCUCUAGGAUAUUUCUUGUUGUGGAGUACAUGACACAAUGAGUGACAUGGAUCGUUACCUAUUCCAGACUCUCCAAGAUAUUUAUUUGUGACACCUAAAACAUGGAUUGAAAGAUUCCAUCCAUCUAAGGUGUUUGAUUUGUUGUUUCAAAUGAACUUUGUUCCAGAAUCCAGCAGUGAUCUGGCAUGCUACCUGUUUCGUACCAUGCUGCGAAUUUCAUCCACAUACAGCAGUGAAAGAGCAAGUGCCUUGAAUUCCAUUUGUGCUUACAAACCAAAGAUCUCCCAAGGAAGAGAAGUGAGCUGUAGGAUACCAGCAUGCAUGCCCAAAUGUGAGACAUUUGCAGUUGUCUUUCCUAAUUUUGGAGUUCUAUUAAUUUGACUGUUCGCUAUUUAUCAUGUAUUCUUUACAUGUAGAGUCUAGUUUUACUUCUGUCUAGCAAGGGAGGGAUUAUCAAAAUGAUGUGAUGUGUUGCUCUAUCCUGAGCUACAGUGUUGCUAGUUUAAUGUCAUAUUCUCUUAAUACCUGUAUUGAGGAUAUUGCUUGCAAUUUCACUUGUUACUGUUGCUCCUGGAUGUCUGCAUGUGCUGUUAAAAUGUAAACUGUUUCCUCUCCCCCCUCCAUUUCAUUCAUUACCCUGGCAUUUAACUGUACCUUUCCCACAACCUAUAGCUGUUAACUCUCUUCUGUCUCUCCAUGAACUGCCCACCCUGACCUCCAGGUGCAGAUUAAAAAUUACCAUAUUUGCUCGAUUGUAAGAUGACCCUGAUAAUAAUACAACCCCCCCUGCCCCCCACCCCCCAAAAAAUAAAAUGGGAUCUUGUUAAAAAAAAAAAAAGAAAGAAAGAAAAGGCCUGAAUAUAAGACUACCCUAUGGGGGAAAAAAUCAUUAUACACAAGCUCACACUGACACACAGCCAAGCUCACUAUACACAAGUUUACACUGACACACACAGACAAGCUCACUAUACACAGGCUCACACUGACACACAGACAAGCUCACUGGCACUCACUGCAAGCUGUUUAGAGAAUAAUCCUCAGCUUGGCAUUGACCAGACUAUUGUGUCAGAAUAGAGACUGCAGCUGGCUUCCAAAGUUCUCCACUGAAAGGCUUAUUGGGAGAGAUCCUCUAGGCCAGUGAUGGCUGCCCUUGACACCAUAAAUUGUUUCUGGACUAAAUUUCCCAUGAUGCUCAGCUAGCUUUUAGACUCUAAAAGCUAGCUGAGCAUCAUGGGAAAUGUAGUCCAGAAACAAUUUAUGGUGUCAAGGUUAGCCAUCACUGCUCUAGGCUGAAUCAAUGCGUUGAUAGUACCCAUGGACAAGCCUUCAGUGUUGUGAGGAACUCCAUGUCUACAGGUGGCAUCUGAGCUUGAGAUAAAGCUAGAGAAUUCUCAUAUGUAUCAUAAGCCGUCUUAGCACUGACAUUUUCUCUUGCUGAACUAUGCCCAUGAUUUCCUGAAAUUGAAGAUAUCCCUAGGGUACCUUCCAUAGCAGCUGUUUCACUAGACUCCACCACUAAGCAGUUAGGAGCUGUUUGUAUCCCUGCUAAAGGAUGAAAAAAAUCUUUCCACCAUCUCAUAAAUAAUAUAAUUUAUUAAUAAUAAAAUAUAUAAAUUUGUGUGCUGGAGAAUGCACUGGCCUCCGAGCCAUACCUGAUGUGCGGUGUUUUAACUGUGUAUUUUGCUGGAGAGCAGUCACGUCUAUGGGAACGCUGUCUCUCAGUGAUAACUCUACCUGUGUGGCCUCUGUACUGACAACCUGCGUCCUGUGUGUUUGUAAAGUUCGAGUUGUAGUUUGUUCCCAAGCUGUUCGCUUCCCCGGCACAAUUCAGUGCAUGCUCUCUGUAAUAACAAGGAUUCUCCAGUGAUCUAUUAGGCAUAGACACAUCAUUAGAGUAGUAAUGCAUUUUCAAAGACCCACACAGAGACAUUGCCACCUGUCUCUCAUAAGGAUUGGAGAAGUGUGAAGCUGAGCUGUUUCUAACUGGGUCUGAUUAAAAGAUUCUAAGACAAGGUUGUUGUUUUCAGAAGUCUUUUUCAUAAUGUUAUAAUCGAGCAAAUACGGUACAUGCCGUGGGAGAGCUGUAGACCAAUAUUUUGCACUAAAUGUAGUCAAAUAUAAAUGUAACAUUAGGUGUAGUCAUACCGGUAUAAAUGUAACGUUAGGUGCAGUCAUACCGGUAUAAAUGGAACGUUAGGUGCAGUCAUACCGGUAUAAGUGCCUAUUUGGAUAAAAUCGUUUUUUCUCCACCAAUCUCCACUACAAAUGGCACUAAAAUUAAGCCAGGGAUUUCCUUACAGAGCUUAUAGAGCUUCUGUUGAGAAAUGUGACCUUUUUUCUCUGUAAAUAUUUCUAGUGGUGCUACAUCAUUCUGUCCAAACGGUGUAGUCCAAAGCAGCUUGCAUUAUUCCUGAAGCAGAAAAUGGCUCUAAAAACAGCCAAUAUAUACAACACAAUACAUUUUUUUUAAUAUUUGGCUGACUAAUGAAUGUGAUACAAACAUGGUUAUAAAGAGUAAUUAGGAUAAUAUCCAAAUGUUGGAUUUGAUGUUCUCACGAUAAGGUGCUAAUGAUUUUAACCAAACCGCUUUCUCUGUGCCUUACAAAUGGUGUGUAGCUAGCACACUGUGAUUACCAAAUUGUGCGUGUCUUACUAUACUUCUGCACUGUGGCACAAUAUUGUGGGUCAAUGCCCACUGUAUUUUUAGUAGAGAAUAAAACAAAUCAUCCUUGGAUGAAUGAUGCUGAUCUUUCAAAUUGGGGAUAUUUGAAGAAUAACGUAGAAGGUGCCUCAUUGUCAUGUUAGCCCUCUUCCUGUGAAUUAAAGCACUCUGCAAGGCCCUGUGUCCCAGGUCGUCCUAUACCAAAUGUGACUGCUUACCUAUUGUCUUAAUCACUGUCUGGACAGAGACCUGUAAUACUGUAAUAUACUUACAUUUGUAGAUAGUAAUAAAUUAUGCUAUUUAACCAA